AGCGCCGAGAGAUAGCGCGCACGACAACGACCGUAACGCCGCGAGCGCACCCGUAAGCAACCAUGAACGACCUCCGAGCGGCGGUCCGCAAGAAGAAGCCCUCCCAGUCGGAGGGCCCGUCGACCCGCAAAGUGACGAGCCGCAUGGUCGAACAUCAUCUCAACAAGCAGCGGACGGCCUACGAUCGGUGGAUCGCGGAGUUGUGUCGCGAUGCGGAAGAGUCGGCCAUGGAGCGCGACCGCCUACGAGCGAAGCUCGAAGCGUUGCGGAAUGAACACAAACGCAAGAUCAUGAGCAAAGUGGUAGGACGCAUGGGCAACAUGACCUACGCCAAGGCCUGGAAGACCUGGGCGUCGAAGACCGCCGUCUACAACCAGGAGAAGCUUAAAGAACUCAGGAGGAACCUCAAGAAGUACAACAAGGCCGCGGACGAGGCGGACGCCGAGGCGCAACGACGUAGUGACGAGAUGGCUAGACUCGUGUUUGGCAACAUCACGGACCGCCAGAAGAAGCUGGUCUGGCGCAUUCUCACUAGAUUAUCGACAUUGAAGAAGAGGUUAGGGUGGAAGCACUGGGAAAAACAAGCCUUUGCGGCGAAGCAUCAAAAAUUGCUCAUGACCAAGAUUUUGAAAAGGUUAAAAAAUGCGAAGCUCAACCAGUCGUUCAAUGGGUGGAGUACGAUCGUCAAGAAGUGGGAGCUUAUUAAAACUUUGGAGCUGAAGGCCGCACUGAUGAAAGAAUUAGAGGAGAUCGAACGGCAGUCGAAGCAGUACAAGGACGACGCGGAACAACGGCAGAAUGAUGCCGCCAAAAAUGCCUUCGCUCGCGCUUCUGGGAAACAAAAAGAUCUCCUCGUUCGCAUCCUGUCGAAGAUGACUGGUAAUCAGACGGUCAUGGUCUUCAAGAUCUGGAAGCGCAAGUCCGAUGAAUUUCAAGCGCAGUACAAUUUGAUGUACAAGACCUUCACGCGGAUGAUGAAGAUCAAGAUCUAUACCGCGUAUCGCCAUUGGUUCAAGGUCGUGUUUCUCAGUGGUUUGUCGAAGACGAAGAUGCGGGAGGCGUUGUUGCAGUCGCAGCGGGAUAACUUGUUCGAGACGCUCAAGAGGAGAGCAGAGCAAUUACUAGCUCUGCGGGACGAGGCGAACGAGAUGCUCAGCAUGUCUGUGAGCAACGAUGAUGAGAACAAGGAGUGCUUGAACGACUCCGUAGACUUCGAAAAUCAUAUAAGAACAAUUCUAGACAAGGGCUGGAUGGAGAAGAAGGCCAAGGAGGAGGCUCGCCUGAAGAUGAUGGCGGAAAUGGAGGGCGGCGCACCAGCCGCGGGAGGGGCAAAAAACGGGGCGGGCGCCGGCGCUAGUCGAGCGCGGGCCGGCGCCCCUGCCCGAUCCUCUCGACAACCCGCCGCGCGGUCCGCAGCGCCAAGGACCGCCGCGGCGCCGCGCGCGGCGCGGUCCGCGGCGCCGCGGGCGGCGCGCGCGCCGGCGGCGCGCGCGCCGCGCGCGGCGCCGGCCCGGCGGGCCGGCGGCGGCGGCGGCUACCAGCCGCCGGCCCGCGCGCCCAGGCAGCCGGCGGCGCGGUCCGGUGGUUAUUCCGGCGCGCGCGGGCCCGCGACGUCGUCCCGACCGAGACCGAAUCCGGGCGACAUGGGCGUGAACAUGAAGCAGGAGUUGAUGUUGUUCAUCUUCGAGCUGAACAAGCAGGGCUUGAUUACCUUGCCGAAGGAAGAUGCGGAUGCGGUCAAGCAGCACCACAAGGACCACAUGGGCAUCAACAGUCCCGUCCACCGCCAUAUUCGGGGCCGGGAGAACUGGCCGGAACCCCAGGACACGUUCUUGGUUCCGGAGCUCGAGAAGAUGGUCGGCGAGAGUUUGGGAGGCAUCCCGGGCGGCAAGGAGGAGACGGUGAAGCAGCGCGCCGAAAGAGUCUUGAAGCCCCUGGCCAUGGCCGGCGACUCGCGCUUGUACGCCGCCAAAAAGGCCUACGAGAAGACGCACAAGAUCGACGACCUCUUCGCGACGAUGGACAUGAUGGGCUGCCUGCCGCCGGCCCGGAAGCUCUAG